AGCCUCACAGUCAGCGCCCCAUGCCAAUAGCGUCCCCACUCUAGUGCCCCUUAUCUCAGUUCCUACGGCAUGGGUUGCCAUCUCAGUCUCGACAUCCUCAGCACCCAAUUUUUGCAUGAGGGCCCUCUAUGAACUCCCAUUUGACAAGACUGCCAAGGCACCCAUCCUGCUUGCCCGAGACUGCCAAGGCGUACAGCCUGCUCUCCCAACAUGGAUCAUCAUCGUAGCAGCCCCGCUCACCUGGCUUGCUAGCCUCUCUACAACUCAUGCCCCAGCGCGCCUAGCUUGCAUGCUAGCGGCGCCCGAGGCAAGCCUAUACAUCUGCGGGCCUCCCUCUCUUGCCUGGCUUGCUCGCCAAGAUUGGGGUCGCCAUAGCCUGGACCCUCAACACCUCUUCCUCACACACUCCAGACGCGUGCACAACAGGGCGCUCCCCCAAAACCACUCCUCACAGUUGCACACUAUUCUGACCAUAACUUUUGAUCCGAAACUCCAAAUGGGGCUUAUUAUAUAUCAAAUCGAAGCUCUCAGUGAGCCCGAAAAAAUUCACUACCUAUGGCAGUGA